CUCCAUGGGGCUUUCAUUGUCCUCACUCUCCACCACCCUCCUUUCCCUAGUACGCUGGAGUAAAGAUCAAGAUGUUCGGAUUCUAAUGCUCGGACUAGAUUCAGCCGGAAAGACCACAAUCCUGUACCGGUUACAGAUUGGGGAGGUUGUAUCGACAAUUCCGACAAUUGGUUUCAAUGUCGAAACGGUACAAUAUAAAAACAUCAAAUUUCAAGUUUGGGACUUGGGAGGCCAAUCAAGUAUCCGGCCCUAUUGGCGUUGCUACUUCCCAAAUACCUCAGCUAUUAUAUAUGUUAUCGACUCUUCAGACAAAGACCGUCUCAACACAUCACGGACAGAAUUAUUGACCAUGCUUUCCGAAGAGGAGCUGAAAGGCGUCCCACUUCUUGUCUUUUGUAAUAAACAAGAUGUGCAAGGUGCGCUCAAGCCUGAAGUCAUCAGUGAAGAACUUGGUUUAGCAGGUGGAGAGAAGUCACGGCCUUGGAGCGUACGAGGCAGCUGCGCAACGAAGGGUGAAGGAUUAGAAGAAGGGCUCGAUUGGCUGGUGAAUGCAAUACAAAAGACAUGACAUGCAUAUUUCUGUGAAUCUCGUCUUCUUGUGUUGCAUAUGCUUUCUAAUUAUGGAACGGCUUACAUACUAAGGACUACUUGCCUUAUUAUUCCCUAG